AAGGUUGUUUGAAUUUUAUUAUUAUAUACCAGAGAUCUUCCUAGAUUCCACCUAUAAAAAUAUAAAGUGAUUCUGAAAUUAUUUAGUUGAGUUUAUGUAUUCACCUUGUCCACAAAAUUUUCUUUUUAUACUUAAAAAUGUUCAUUAAAUAUUUCCUAAUGUGUGCAGUUAUAAUGGUAGCAUAUGGUUUAACUGAUGAAGAAGAAUUUGCUAAUUUCAAGAAUAAGUUCCAGAAAAUAUACUCAACUCCAGAGGAAGAGCAGCAAAGGUUUAGAAUUUUCCAAUCUAACUUGAGAUACAUUAAAGAACAAAACCAAAAAUUCGCGAAUGGAGAAGUGAGCUCGUCCGUUGGUAUCAAUCAAUUCGCUGAUCUUUCGUCAAAUGAAUGGGCAAACAGAAAUCAUGGAUUAAAACCUUUACAAUAAUCUACUUAAUUUUCCCAGAAUAUUUAUGGAAUAAAAUUUAAAUACAU